AUGGUGGUGUCGCGGCGGAGAAGAACUCAGGUGACAAACCCUAGGUCCAUGGCGGAAGAUUCUGAUUCGGAAUUGGAUACAGUAUGCGAAGAAUGCAGCUCAGGGAAACAACCUGCGAAGCUGCUUCUUUGCGACAAAUGCGAUAAAGGGUUUCAUCUUUUCUGUCUCAGACCGAUUCUCGUUUCAGUUCCCAAAGGGUCUUGGUUCUGUCCUUCGUGUUCUAAACAACAGAACCCUAAAGCUUUCCCUCUUGUUCAGACCAAACUCAUAGACUUCUUUCGGAUUAAACGGUGCUCUUCAGAUUACAUCUCAUGUUCUCCAGAUGAUAUUGGGAAGAAAAGGAAAAGGACAAGCUUCGUGAUGUCAAAGAAGAAGAGGAAGCUUCUUCCAUACAACCCAACCGUUGAUCCUCAAAGGAGGUUAGAGCAAAUGGCGUCUUUAGCCACUGCGUUGAGAGCAUCCAACGCUGAGUUCAGUAACAAGCUCACUUAUGUACAUAGCAAGGCUCUAAGAUCUGCAAACAAAGCUGUCCUUGAGAAAGGAGGCAUGCAGGUUCUGUCUAAACAAGAUGCAGAGACCUUAGCAUUGUGCAAAAGCAUGAUGCAUCGUGGUGAAUGCCCGCCGCUUAUGGUUGUCUUUGAUCCUUAUGAAGGGUUCACAGUAGAGGCGGAUAGGUGUAUUAAAGACUUAACUAUAAUCACAGAGUAUGUUGGUGAUGUUGAUUAUCUAAGCAACAGAGAAGAUAGCUAUGAUGGUGACAGCAUGAUGACUCUACUCCAUGCCUCUGAUCCUUCAAAAUGCCUUGUUAUUUGCCCUGACAAACGCAGUAACAUCGCACGCUUCAUCAGUGGCAUCAACAAUCACACACCAGAAGGGAGGAAGAAGCAGAACCUGAAGUGUGUGAGGUUCAACAUCAACGGAGAAGCUAGGGUUCUUCUCGUAGCUAAUAGAAAUAUAUCUAAAGGGGAGCGUUUGUAUUAUGACUACAACGGCUAUGAACAUGAAUAUCCAACUGAGCAUUUUGUAUAACCCUAAAAUUAUAGGUGCAAACUUGUUCAGCAAGAAACCAAAAUGGUAUCUAAUGUUCUUGUCUACCCAUGAAUCAAGCCUUACUUCAAGUUGUAUACCACAAUAGAG